AUGCCAAGCACUCGAAAGGAGAUGUCACGACAAUUUGAACGGCACGAGCUGGUUAAGCGUGAAAUGGACUGGACAAGAGCUACAGAUCAGGCAAAGGCGCCUCUGCAAGGCACGACAACAUGCUACAGGCAGCUCGGAUCUCAAUGA